GAAUCUUGAACAUGGUUACAAAUUGUGAGAUCUUUUGAUAUUUCACCAUAAAUCUGCUUAAAAAACUGUUUUUGAAGCAUAUUUUAUGAGAAUUUCCAUCUGGGUUUCUUACUAAACCCUCAGAUUUGUGCAAAUUUUGCUUCCAAAAUCCAAGAACAUGAAGUGAAGACGUUCAAGAUGUGAAGUGGAUCCAAUAUUAGUAGCUAGGGUUCUUGAAUUUUUGUUGACUGUUCUUAAAAUUAGGUUUUGGUAACAGUAAUUAAUUACAAUCCCCAGAUCCUUCUUUCUCUCUCUGCUUUCUUUUAUUAAUAUUUUAAUAAGUUGAAUUACGUUUAGAUCGGAUCGAAGCAUUCUCGCAUGCUAAGAUCAAAAGCUUUUUUUUUCUUUACCUAAUUUUCCUACGAAGGAAAGAGGUGUUUGGAGAGUGAAGCAACCCAACCCAACUCUGAAUGGUAAGUGUUCCAUGCAACAACAUGUUCACACUGGUAACUGUGAGAUGCGGCCAUUGCUCAAAUCUGCUGUCUGUUAACAUGGGAGCUUCUCUUCAAGUUCUUCCUCCUCAAGAUUCCCACCCGGGUAAUAAACAGCAGCAGGUGAGUGGUGGGGAUUGGAGCAAGGACAGAGGCUCUUCUUCUUCUUCCUCUUCUUCCUCUUCAAAAUGCACUAAAAUUGCCUCUCUUGAUUCUGCUGAACGUGACCAACACAGAAUCCCUCCUAUUCGCCCACCAGAGAAGAAACAGCGUGUUCCUUCAGCAUAUAAUAGGUUCAUCAAAGAGGAAAUCCAAAGGAUUAAGGCGAACAAUCCCGACAUUAGCCACAGAGAAGCCUUUAGCACCGCCGCUAAAAAUUGGGCACAUUAUCCUCACAUCCGUUGUGGGCAGAAGGUGGAUGGAAACAAGCAAACAAAAUAAGCUUGAAUUUGACCGGAGAUCAUCACAGUCCAUCCGAUUAUCCAAUGGGGUUCUGCCACCUGUUAAUUCUAGAGAUGAUGAUGACGUGUCAAUAGAUUAAAUACUAAAUAAAACAUCUUUUUUUGUUUUUUUAAUUAAUGUGUAUUAAUUUAGAUUCUAUUAUUUCCAACAAAAAUUGAGGUUGACGAAGUCCUCCUGCCCUGACCCUAUAGGAAAAUAAAUUGCUUUGAUAACCUCA